GAAAUAAGUACCAGUUGAAUAUUAGGGUCAGUGUAAUCGACUUAACUCCUCCCUAAAAUUACUGGCCUUGUGCUAAAAAUUUGAAAUCAUUAUUAUUUUCUUCCGGUUGGUUCCAUUUUUUUCAUUCUUCCGGCAUGAUGACCAGUCAUAUAAGGAGCAAUUUAAUCAACUAACCCCCACCUCCCCCAAAUUUCUGGAUUGAUAAAAGAAGUAGCAGUUAAAUACUGAUUCGAUUUAUUCAACUAGACCCUUCGUCAGAAAUUUGAGGUUUUGUUUUCAAGAAAUAUCGGUGAAAUUUACCGAAAUAUCUUUAUAUACUCGUGUACUUAUUCGCGUAAAAAAAAAUAUUGUAACCACUUUCGUUAGAAGAAUAUACCUCAUAGAAUAAUUGCUGUCCAACUUUGCUGAGAUUUGCUUGUAAGUUUGAACUGUAAAAACCUAUUCUGCUUUCUCUGAAUCAUUGGAGAAUACGACUAGGUUAACGUAGAUCGAAUGCAACGUUUAUUUAGUUUUAUAUCACUCAAUCAAACACUAUUAUUAAUAACUUAUGACGCUACAUGCUUAUUAAAUUUAGAAAAAUAUAAUUCAUUUCAGUUUCCUUUUCCUUGAUUACACACACAGUAACAGGGAGAUGACAACACGUGGCGUUCUAUAUGCAUAUACAUACAUACAUAUUGCGCCGUUUCGAGUUAAAGGUAUAUCUUCGGAUUUCCAGUCGAAAUACAUUUUCACUUGACUGUCACAGAUAACGGCCCUUUCCCUUGACAUAAAAAAAAAAGUGCCUCCCCCUCCAAUAUCGCAUUCCUUACUUCUUUCUCGCAGUCAGUGUGACCGGAGUAUUGUUUUGCAUGCAGUAGGGAAUCUUUAGUGAAAAAGAAAUCAAAAUGUUAUGAAGAGAGUAUUCAAAACCGGUCCCCCAUUUUAUAGUCGGCAGGCAGUUCUUCAACAUGUCCUGCAAUUCUUCCAGUCUUGGAGAAGUAUCAGGAGAAAAACCAUCAACUGCAACAUUACAGGCUAUCUCAGUACCACACUCUACAGCUGAUGGAUCUAUUGGCACUGAGGGUAUAUCUUGGAGUCUUGAUGCUAUCUUACCAGCAGUACAUGGCACUGAGGAGAAAAAUCCAUUUUUAGAACACUUGCAACAGUUUGACCAAGUCCUGUCAUGUGAUGACGUGAAAGAAGCUUUACAACAAACACGAGUGCCAUCUUUAGGCCUGGAUGGUAGUGGCGCUAUGUCUGCUGUUGUCUAUGCUAUAGAUGACGGCCGUAGCAAUGUGGACACCAACUUGAUUUUGUUCUCCCAGCACCAAAGUAACAUUGGCAUUGCUGAUGGUGAUCUUGGUUAUGGAGAGGAGGCAGGGAACAAACCAAACAUUGACAGCCCUGCAGCAGCUGUGGGGAGUGUUAGCAACAACAGCAACAGCAACAAUAACAAUGAUGACAGCCACAGUGCUACCAACAAGGUGGAACUAUUUGCAGAUGACCAGAGCAUGAACCUUCAACACCUUGAUGCACUCUCUGGCCAUACUUCACCAGAAAUUAACCAAAUCUAUGAUCCUUGUAUCAGUAGUAGCAGGGAUGAUUUCAGGGGUCUGGCUUCUGUUGCUGUUACUGAUCAUGCAUAUGCUAUCCCAGCUAAUCGAGAACCAAGGGAUCCAUCAUAUCCUUUAAUGAGCAGUAAAAGUGUUCAAACUCCAUUUGAACAGUCUGACUACGAGCAGUUAUGUCUCACCAGUCAGGAGGAGGAAGAUACUUCCACGAACCUCUCUGAUGUUGCUGCUGUUCACUCAAGUCCUGUGAAAGAGAAUGAUAUUGAUGAUGAUGAUACAAAUAACAAACCAAAGAGACUUCAACCUCAGCAGCAACAGAAAAAGAGCAGUCCUGUUGUUACUCCAACAAACAUUCGGCGUUCAACUAGAAUAAGUGAAGCUGAACAGAGAGAGAUGGCUGAGAAAAUCCGUCAGGAGAAUCGUCAAAAAGAAAAAGAAGCCCAGGAAGCCAUGAAGAAGCAAUCAGAGGAAGUUUCACAGGUAGAACAGCAACAGUCGGAAGUUGCUGAAGUUUUGGGAGAUGCAGAAGCUAGCAGUGUUGUUGUUACAAAGCCAGAUGCUGUAAUGAGCUUAGUGCAGCCUCUCAUUACCUCUACUCCAGUUAAGAGUGACCAGCUAAAUACUACUCUAGAUACAACAACAACAACAACAACAUCAACGUCAAAUACAACAUCACAACCAACUGCUGCUACUGAUAUAACUACUAGCACCACCUCUAUUAUUACUACUACAACUACUAUUGCAACUAUAACUGACCCUACUGCUGCUACUAGAGGGCGAAGCAGAACUCCAAGAAAUAAAGCCAAAAUCUUAAAUAAGGACACACCAGUUGGUGUUGGUCGAGUGACUGUUGCUAAGGGGGGUUCUGCUAAAGGAAAAACGACAGCAGUUGCUGGAAGAGGCCAUGCACGUGGCAAGGCAGUUGGGAGUAGUACUUCACGAAAGAAAAAAGGAGAUUCUACCAGAGUUGACAGUGAGAGUAAUGGAGAAGUAAUAGAUGAUUCUGUUACAGACUUGGCUUCAGAUUCUGAAAAAGACAUGUCUGUUGUAUCUAAAGCAGAAAGCACUUCAAACUCUGAACAAGCUAACAAAUCUGUGUGUGAAACAGCAAGUCGGCCUGUGCGCAAACGCAUGAAAAAAAUUAUCAGAGACAUUCCACUCCAGAAAGAAGUCUCAAAAAAGUCUGGGAAAGCUAGUGUGACAGGCAAGAACAAUACUGGUAAAAUUGGUGUGAAAGGCAAGACUAAUACUGGUAAAAAUAGUGUGAAAGGCAAGAAAAAUAUUGGUAAGAAAACAGUUUCCACACCAACAAAUCAAAGUGUUAAUAUUGCAGAAAGUAGUGAGUCGAGUGAUGAUACAAGUCUUAAUCUCUCUAGUAUUGUCUCAGCUUCAGCUGAUUUGUUACCCGUUUCUGGUCAAAUCAGUGAGAAUAGUAUGUUGCUAUCGCAGACAAAUUCAUCAGCAGAUGGUUCUCUUCAGUCUCCUGCAAGUAGUGCUUUGUGCAAUUUACUACAGCCUCCUGACAAAGAUGGGGCACAGACUGUUUCUGAUUUAGCUGAUAGUUCUCCUCUGGCAAAGCUUCAAAAAGGCAUGUCUCCCAUUUCUAAAACAGGAAGCAGUGUUGACAAGUUAGAGCCAACUGCAAGUGAAAAGUCCACUGUGCCUAAGACUCCACGAGGUAGUCGACGUCCUGCUAUAAGUCUGACAAAAUCCCAGAAAAAGAAAGAAGUACAAAAGGCUAAUGACAGCGAAAUUAGUUUGAAAGAUCUGUCUGUUUCUCAGCAAGAGGAAACAGGAAAAGAAGAUGACAAAAAAGAUGGUGAGACAGCAAAGGAGAAUAUUGACGACAGCAAAGAUGCUAAUGUUAGUGGUAAAGAGCCAACUGAGGAGAGCAAUAAAGGCAUUCCAUUGAUGAAAAGCGGGCGGCCUAAGAGACAAGCAAGGAUACGUAAAGAAGAACGAGAGAAAGCAGCAAAGGCUAGUGAACUGGAGGAGAGAGAGAAGAAAAAGCUGAAACGGAAGAGAAAACUACCUGUUAAAGAUGUCAACAGUAGUGUGGAAGUAGACAAAACAACUGAAAAUGAAGAAGAAGAAGAAGAAGAAGAAGAAGAAGAAGAAGAGGAAGAAGAAGAAGAAGAGGAAGAAGAAGAAGAUGAAGAAGAAGUGCCUCUAUUUCGGUUGAAAAAGAUGCAGAACUCUGCUGAAGUCAAGGCUGCCAGUUCAGAAGUGCCUGUAACGCCUGUCAAAAAGCUAACAAAGAAAGAGAAGAAGGCAGCUGCUUUACAAGCAAAAGCUGAACAAGAAGAACUGGCUCGCCUUGAAGAGGAAAAAGCAAGACUUGCUGCUGAAGAGAAAGCUCGAGCUGAGCAAAAGGCUCGAGCAGAAAAAGAGGCCAAAAAGAGAAGGAAACAGCGCAAGUCUGAAGAAUCUCUUGACAAAACAAUGAUAGAUUUAUUUAAGCCUGAUGGAGUGAUUGUCCAUGAGUCUUCAACACAAGCAAAGAAAGAAAAUGAAACUGACAUUCAAGCUGAUGCUAUCUCUCAGACUUUACCUGAGAAAUCUUCUGUCACCACUGCUACACCUUCUAGUCUUCAAAGCAGUAAUUCUGCUACAAAAACUGUUAGCUUUUCUUCUAGUGAACUACAAUCUAAAGUUUCAACUACUGGGAAUAAAACUGCCAUUGCACCUAGCAAACCAGUCCAGUCAUCUCCCAGCCACCACAAACCAUCUGUUGUAAGCUAUUCUGUGAAUUCCAGUCAAACUGAUAGUGAGAAGAUGUCUUCUGAUAACGGCAAGGACAUUCCAUCUUCAAUAGAUGAUAAAACAGCAACUUCUUCCAGUAUAGAUUCAGUUACUUCAAUGACUGUAGAUGUAGCUGAUAAGUUUGUCUCUGUUAAUUUUGAUCAUACUGAAGAACCAGUCAGAGCUGAAACCUCUUUAGAUGAACCAGCACCCGAAAAGCAAAUAAGAUCUAAAGCUGAUUCAGUGCAGUCAGCUUCUAACGAAACUCAAUCAGCCACUUCAGUGAAAAUGGAAGCUGAGACUACCAUGUCAAAUGAUGCCUUUACUGAAGAUAUCGAUAAUAAAUCCUUAGCAGUGUCUAUUGGCUGCCAAGCAGAUGAAGAUAGUGAAUAUGAAUAUGUUAGCUGCACUGAGGAGAUGGAAGAUGACCGACAUCUGCAACCGCGACUUCAAGGAAAAACCUGCACCAUAUGUAACAUGGUGCAAGACAAUCAAUAUCUUGUAGACUGUGAUAUAUGCAGAAAGAGCUUCCAUGGCCACUGUGCUGAACUCACUUUGGAAGAUAUGCAAAGGAUUUUACAAGAUGGAGAGAAAUUUGUCUGUGAUAACUGUCCUUUGGAAGGAACCACUCUACCUGUAACAACAGAACCAGCAAAAGAAGAGUCUACAACAUCAGAAGCUGCAGUUCCUGUUCAAGUUGAUGCAUCAACAUCUGAUAAAUCUACAGCCGUUGUCAAAUCAAGAGAAGACAGCAGUGAAUCAACUAAGAAAACCAAAAAUAAAAAAUCUGUGUCAGGUGAAUCCAAUGUUUCUAAAGCAGCUUCAAAGGAGUCUGUGAACAACAGUGAUGUAACCACAACACCCAAAAAGAUGCUAACGUCGAGUGCCAAGAAAGAAAAAUUAACUGCUGCUAGUAAUGAAGCUACACAUAAAAAGGAAGCAUUGACACAUAUCGCCACUCCUGUGACCACUUCAAAACCCACUUCUGUGUCCUCUACAAAAUCUGCACCUGUGUCCACUGCAAAGACUACUCCCACGUCCACAACAAAAUCCACUCCUGUACCCACUGCAAAGACCACUCCUGUGCCCACUGCAAAGACCACUCCUGUGCCCACUACAAAAACUCCUGCUGUGCCCACUGCUAAGAUAACCCUGGUGUCCACUACAAAGCCCACUACAAAAACUACUCCUGUGUCCACUACAAAAACACCUGUGUCUUCUACAGUGACCACUCCUGUAGCCACCACAAAAGCCACUUCCAUAUCUACUACAGACACCACCCCCAUAUCCACUACAAACACCACCUCUGUGUCCACUACAAAUACCACUCCUGUGUCCACUACAAACACUACUCCUGUCUCUAUAUCAAAGAAGGCUCCAAGUGAAAGCAAAACACCUCGUAAGAGUUCCAGAGAUGGAGACCCUGAGAAAGAGAAGCAGAAGACUCCUGUUAGUAAAGAUAAUAAGAGGAAACUGUCUACAGAACACUAUGAAUCUAAAGAGGCUAAAGACCGCCAGAAUUCAAAAGAACGUGCUGAGGUUGGUAGCAAGGAGCGGAGAUAUAAGGAUAGGAAAGAUUACAGCAGGGAUAAGCUCAAACCUUCUUCGAAAGAGCGUGACAGGCGAGACAGCAAAGAUUAUGCAAAUAAUUCUCCGAGCACUAAGUCGUUUGGCAAUCUGACCCCUCGCAAACCUGAAGUGUCUUCUGCUCAAGUAUCGUCCAGCACUAGUACUGAAAAUGAGAAGAAAACAUCUCCAACAUCAGACUCUUCAAAGAAGAAAAAACUUCUUCAUUUCAAAGACAUGGAUCUAAAGAAACGGACAUUUCAACAGUGUAUUGGUGCUGGUUGUAAAAGAGAUGCUCGGACAGGAUCUGUCUAUUGCAGUGAUGAAUGCAUUGUAAGACAUGCUCAGGAAUCAUUGGCAUUGUUGAAGAAUGAACGACACUUUCAACAAACUGGCCAGAAACCGAGUGAAAAAUCCAUAAACCCACAGCCGACUCCACAGCUGCUGCCAUCUCUGAAGAAGGAAAGCAACAGCAAAGUGGUGGUGCUGGAGAGGAAGAGUGGUCGUAUUUUAACUGGGCCAACAGCUCCCACGGAAUCUGUGCUCAGAGAGUGGCUCACGGAACAUCCUACAUUUGAAGUGCUGCAACCAUCGCAGGGUCUCCACAAGACACCUACCUUUUAUGGAAAAGAUAAGGAUAAACGACAGCCUCAACCUGAAAAGAAAAAUUCUACAGAACCCAAGAAGAAAGAACCUGAGCUUAAACAAGGAAACCAAGUUCCCAAAGGUCCAGAUGAUGUACGACUUAAUGUCAAAAAGUCUCUGCAUGAAGCUUUGUCAAAUAGGGCACGAGAGGCUAAUGAUAUCAAUCAUCACAACAGCAGCAUACGCAAUUUGGUGAUAAAUAUUGAGGAAGAGUUGCAUCGAUUGUAUAAUGAUAGUGGUCAAAAAUACAAGGCACGAUACCGCAGUCUCAUCUUCAACAUUAAAGAUAGCAACAAUAAGGGCUUGUUCCGGAAAAUUCUUAAUAAACAGAUAAAACCAUAUCGACUUGUACGUAUGACAGCUGAUGAACUGGCUUCACCAGAGCUUUCUCAAUGGAGACAGAAAGAAGUAAAACAUACAUUGGAGAUGAUUGAACAGAGAGAGGUUGAAGCCAUCCAAGAUGCAGCUAAAUGUCACGUGGUGAAGAAAACUCACAAAGGUGAAGUAGAUGUUGCUGGUGAAGACUUAAGUACACUAGAGACCUCUAUUAUUCAUUACCAGGCGAAGCCAGUUCCUGUAGAGAAAGUUAAAGUCGAUCAGAAAGUGGACAUUGUUGGAGACUUAGUCACUGACACAACUGAUUGUCAUCGUAAGCAUUUAUUUGACUUGAAUUGUAAGAUAUGCACAGGCAAAAUACCACCGCCUUCUGAUGAGCCUCUUGCUAAAAAGGCAAAGAAAGAAAUACUUGCUCCUUCCACAAGUUCUUCUCCAGGAAUACUGGAUAAAAAUCAACCAAAACCUGCCAUUCCAAAGACUGAAAAGACCACCCCCAAGACAAUCACAAAAGUACAAGAAGAUACAUUUAAGGAUGACGAAGUGAAGACUAUCAUGGAAACAAUACGUUCUGUAACACAAUCAGAAACAACAAGCGAAUCGAAGGCAUCAAACUCCCCACGUCCUAGUGCCAUGAAAAGUUCUUCAAAUUCCAGAAAUGUCACUGUAAGGUCUCCAGAUUCAGUGUUGCAGUCUGGAUUGGAGAAGAAAGUGAAGUUCUCUCCCUCUAGUCCCCUUGUAUGGAAAGGUUUCAUUCACAUGCAAGAUUUAGUGAAGUUUAUGACAACUGCUUAUCGACUGUCUGGUCCAACAGAGCACCUUGAACUUCAAGAUACUGUUCAUGUUUGUGGUCGUAUUGCCCCAGAGUUAAUAUGGGAUUAUUUAAACCGUAUCAAACAGACAGGCUCAAGAGAUAUUUGUGUGUUGCGCUUUCUCCCUGGAACAUUUGAUGAAAAGAAUGCAUAUGUCAUGCUUUAUUCAUAUCUGAAUAGCCGGGGCCGUUGUGGAGUGGUUGGCAACAACAGCCGCCACAUCAAAGACAUGUAUAUUGUACCUUUGGCAUCUCAUAGCAAAAUACCAGCUGUCCUUUUGCCAUUUGAUGAACCAGGUCUAGAAGAUAACAGACCACACAUGUUACUUGGUGUGAUAGUCCGGCAGAAAGUAUGCAAGCGUCCAGGGGAACAGUUGGCUGCAAGCGCAGGCCAAGCAGUGAUGUUAUCAGAAGCUGAACUGCAAACUAAACGAUUGAAGUAUGAUCCUACUUUACCUUCAACAACUGUGAAUAUUCCAAAAAUAGAGUCGUCAGCUGCUAGCCAACCUGUUCGGUAUGAUCCAUUUCAACCAGCCACUCUACCAAAAUACACUCCAAGUUCUACUCUUCAGGACACACCAGCUGACUUGCAAUCUAGUGGUUCAAGUAGCUUGACAAGUGGAAAGGAGACCAAAUAUUACAAUCCAGUACCAGUUAAAGAACAGUUCUACACACCAUCUCUUGUUCUAAGUAGCAGUAAAAAUGACCGACUGAAGCAACCGUCUCCCAGUCCUGUGGAUUCUUCAACAUCUGAUUCACCUGAAAAUGUCAGUUCUUGUAUAAAUGAUCCAAUUGUCAAAGCGUAUGGCAAAUUAAACUCUGAUUCUGAACUCAACAGCAGCACUCCAACUGAAGAUCUAAGUACCGCACCUUAUUCUCCAACACAAUAUGAACCUACCCAAACUUCAUUUCUUGAUAGUCAUGAGGACAAAAUCAGUGGAGGGGUGGGAUCGGUUGACCAGGACUCUGAUGAACUGGACAAUGAAAAACCAUAUGAUCCAGAAGAGUGUGAUUUUGAUGCGGAAGAUGACUCUCCGCCUCCCCCUCCCCCUCCACCACCACCCCUUUCUACAACAGUAGGACUGAAUGCACUUAAAAAUCAGAUCAGCUCUACAGUCUCAACAACAACAGCAACAACUACUGCUGCAAGCACUGUUGAGGAUUUAUUCAACAAAAUCAAGAAAUCUACUCUGCCUUCUAGUCUUGCUGCUGCAUCUACUAGUGGCCAGCAAAACAAGCCAGAAAUGAAGGAUCUCCUAGGUGAAUUCACACAGAGGAUAGCAGACAAAAAGCCAGAAAGCACUGCACCCAAACCAGCUGCUGGUAGUUUACCUACUGCCCUCCAGAAUCUCUUCAGCCAAGUAUCUCGCAGUACUCUCUCAGCAAACCAGCCCCAAAGCUCUGGGCCAGCCCCUAAAGCAACUAAUGCAGCUGCCAAUGUAUUGCUGCCUAUAAAGCUUGCUGCUGGUGGUAAUUCAGUUUUGAGUAAUUUAGUCACGUCUAGUAUGUCUCAGCCAUCUGGUACUUAUAGUAACAGCAGUAAUAGCUCUAUGGGUCUGGCUUCUGAGCCAGUGAACACUAACACUGGUGCAUUGAACUUGUUGUCUUUGACAACCACAUCUUCUAUACAGCCAACACCAAGUCCACUUGCUUCUGUAGCAAGCUCUUUACCAAAAGACCAAGCUUUAUCGUCACUGGUGCAAAGUUCACCAAUUUCAGUUGCUGGUUGGUCAAAGAUUGCAGAAACCUUGGCUUCAUUAGCUAAGGUUCAUAGUGUGAACCUGCCAGCACAAAAUCAAGCUGCAGGACUCCAUUCUAAUAGUACAACUGGCUGUAUUACUGCCAUCACUCCUACCACUACCACCACUACCAUUAAUUCUAACACAUCUCUGCCUUCUACUCCAACAAUUGACACUGCUAUUACUACUUCCACAGCUAUCCACUCCACUACUACCACUACAGCUACUACCACUAACAAUAGUGGAUUAACUCAGUCUAGUUUCUCUGCAUUUUCACUGGGUGGCAAUAGAUCAAAUCUCUCUGGUAGCCAAAAGACAGUAUCUCAGUAUGAAAAGUUUGACUCCACAGCAUCCCAUUUAACUAACAUUGAAAAGAAGCCAGAAAAUGCAGCCUCUAAAACAUCCGAAACUAAUAAGGGGUCAAGUGUUCGAAUAGCUUUCUCCACAGGGCCAAAACACCCUUUAAUUCCUCAUGCUGUUUUUAAGGAAGAUGAAAAACCAAAAGUGACAGCACUAAUGUCAGAACCUAAAAUUCCAGGGCUUGGUUUAGAUGAAGAAGAGGAAAUAGUGACAGUUUCAAACCAAGCUCUGAAAGAUAAUGCCUUUCUCAGUCGUGCUAAGUUUGAGACUUUGACAACCUUAGGUAAAACAGAUACUUUCUUGCCCAGUGGUGUGAAAACAGAUUCUUUCCCAUCUCGUGGUCUUAAUCCAGAUUCCUUCAUAAACAACUGGAAAGGGGUAGAGAACAGCAAUGAAUCUGUAAAUGUGUCUGGUAAGUCUGAAAAUGAUGAGAAAGUUCAGCUAGAACCUUCAAAAGCAGCUGAAAUAUUGUUAGAUUCUACGAAAAUUCAAUCAUCUGAAAGUCUUGUAGAUAAUCAGAAAAAUGAGACACCUCAGUAUGAGGUUUCGAAUGUUGUAAAAAGCAAGUUUGAAAAUAACAAAGAAUCAAUAAAGAACCGUUCAUUUGAAGGACAUCAAGAACCACCUGCUCGAUCUAGAGAAAGUCAUCAUGAUUCUAAGAGUCGACCAAGUAGUGACUCAUCGAAAGAUAGUCGCAGACAAUCUGAUAGUGACCGUAAAAGAAGUCAUUACUCUGAUAGCGGUUCCUCCAAAAGCAGCAGCAGUCGCUAUUCUGAACGUAGCGAACGUCAUGGAUACUCGAGGCAUUCCAGAAGUAGAGACUAUUCUGACAAACGUGAUAGAGACUACCGAAAGGACUAUAGUAACACUGAGUCACGAAAUCGAGAUCGUGAUUAUGAUCGAGACCGUGACAGGGACAGGGACAGAGACUAUGAACAUAGUUCUUCUAGAUCUCGUGACAGAUCUCGGGAUCGCAAGGACUACAGGAGGUCAUCUAGUUCUAAAGGGGAUGAACGCUCCUCAUCUAAAAAGAGUUCUGAAAAGGGAGAUAAAUUUGUGUCUACUGCUAGUGAAGAGAGUAAUCGAUAUGGUGAUGUAGAUGAGAGGAAGAAAAUGUAUUCAACAACACCGGCUUACCCAGAAGCAGGCAGUAGGUUCUCUGCUGAUAAAAAAGAUAUGGCAUCAUUCCACAGUGGUGCUAAACAGUUCAAAGAUGCUGAUGGUAAGAGUGAAGGCAAAGAUUAUAAAGCUAUUUCUUUCAUGAGCCAAGAUCAAGAUCUCCGUAAAGGCCUAUCUGGAGUGCCAAACACUUCUAUACCAGCUGUUGCACAACCUAUUCCAACAUUAACAUCUAAUAUUCAUGAAGAGUUUCCUCGAGAUGUAGACCACCGCAAACAUAGCCUGUCUUGGCAGGGUGCCUAUGAGCCUAACAACAAAGAUACUACUGAAGAAUCAAAUGCUUCUUUUUGGAGCAGUCACGGUGAUGUUGAUUACCGUACACAAACCAGUUCUGUUAUUGCAGCCUCUAGAACUGCUGCUCACCCUCCUGUAUUACCAUCUGGUAAUCUAGCAGGGUGGGGGAGUCAUCCAGUGCCUGGACAGCCUACAGCCAGUGCACCUUCCAAUUUUCAGCCCAUUUCCACUGUUCUCCAUCAACGGUCAGUAAAUGCCAAACCAGGUAAUCUCAUGGAAACUGGCAAUCAAGCUGACCAAGAUAUGAGGAAACAGUCACGACCAGGUAUACCCCCCAAAAUAGAUGUCAUUCUUCCACGACCUACAGCAAAAGACUUUUUUGGCAGUGUGGAAUCUGAAAGCAGUGAUUCAGUUACUCAGCCCCCAUCACUUUUCGAAGUAGAUUCCUCAAUUCAUUCCAGAACUUCAGCUCCUUUUAAAUCUCAUGGAAAUUCUAAUGAAUCUCUAGGUUCAUUGCACCCAGUAAUGAGUAAGUGGAGUACCACCCAAGAGAAACUAGUGCCACCUGGAUUAGCUUCUCCAUUAGAUGUGGAUGACCGCCCAAAUGCUUAUCGGACGGCUAACACAGCAGUAUCACCAGCCGGCCAAGGUUUGCCAGGUGACUCCUUAAGUUCAUCCCAAUUGCUUAAAGUGCCCCCUGUAGAUUCAUCACACACCCAAGAAGCUGUGUUUUACACAACUGCUGCAACUAGUCAUUCUGAACUUACUCCCAACAGCAGUGGUGGCACUACUAUGUCAGCUGCACCUCAAGAAACCCGUCCACUCAUGUCAGUAGCGAAUUCCUCUUCUGUGAUCGAUCCAGACUCGUUAUCAUCAGUUGGUAAGGGGCAGAUACCUCUCCCAUAUUGCACACCCAAUCCUACUUCAUCUCAUCAAGGAUAUGCUCCACCACCUCCACCCCCUCCUCCUCCUCCCCCUCAGCACAUGCAGCCUGCUGUUGAAAUUUCGUCAGACAGGCUGCAACAAAGUGCUCAGUGGGAGGGCUGUACAUCUACCUCAAGUAUAGCUUUGUCUGAGCACUCUGCACCACCACCACCACCUCAACAACAACAACCCCCAUCACAACCACAAGCUAAACUCCAGCAACAUAUCACCGGUAGGACUGAACAUGAGGUCAGUAACAGUAGCCUGCUGAAGUCCCACCACCAACUACAGCAGACUUGGUCUCAAGUAGAUUCUUCCAAGCAACCACAACUACCACCACCGCCGCCACCACCACCACCACCACAUCAGCAACCCUUAGUUGUCUCUGUUGGUCAGUAUUAUGAACAUGCAAGUUAUAGUGAUGUCUCACCAGUUACAGUAGCAUCAAACAUUUCAUUUUCAUCCACACCACCACCACCACCACCUCCGCUGUCUUCAUCGUCUUCAUCAACGCCGUCAUCUACCACCACAGUGGCCAGCGGCGGGACCCCUGGCUCCUUGCCACCACCCCCACCCCCACCACCAUCCCAGACACCCACCAUUCCACCAGUUGGUCAGUCAUCAGUGAGACCUGGCCUGGGUGGGCAGUACACUCAACUGCGAGAGCGGGGUGGAGGGUAUGGUGGGGAAAGUGCUGUCUCUGGCGGAUCACCAUCACAACCACCUCCGCCACCCUCAUCACUGCAUCGAGGCUCUCGGUUCCUCAACCCACCACCUCCUCCACCACCGAUGCAGUCAGCACCUUCUCAGCCCCAGCCAUUACAGCCACCUAUUCCUGGCAGCGGCGGAAGCAGCAGCAGCAGUAGUAGUAGCCCUUAUAAUAUGCCCCCCCGGACAGACUUUCCAACAGGACAACUGCCAGGGCAGCGAGGUUUUGCAGGUGGUCCCAGACAAGGUUUCCAACCGCCAAGAACUAAUUUCAAUGCUGGCCCACAUGGCAGCGUUGGUGGAAAUGGUGGCAGCAACAACAACAAUAACAAUAAUAGCAGUGUCCCUAGGGAUGAGCAAGGAAGUGGAAGUGGGCAGUAUUCACACCAUCGAGGGGUUAGCCGUUUUAACUGAAAAGGUCGGUAUAUGACAAUGAAAAUUACAUUACCCACUUAAAGAAUGGAUUAUGAUUAAUUUUAUUAUUAUCAUUAUUAUUAUCAUUAUUAUUAUUAUUAUUAUUAUUAUUAUUAUUACUAUUAUUAUUAUUAUUAUUAUUUUUACUACUACUAUUACAACAACUAUUAUUUUUAUUUGGGAGUGCCAAUAACUGAAUACAAUAAACUCAUAUAAAAAAUUUUUUCCCCAAUUACUACUAAUAUUUUUUUUUUCCCGUUUCACUCACCUUCAAUUUGUCACCUCUCU